CAACUCCGAACUUAUUGAGGUUAUUUCACGCUAGUUUUGAAAAUAGUACCACUAUCACAUGGCCGUUAACCAUGAUAUUAAAGUAUUUGCCAGACUCAAAAAGGAACAUGAUAGCAGUACAACAGCGAAUUACACUAUCAGUAGACGCAAUGAUAGUAACGAUUUUGAGGACCUGAUUUUUCGGAGCACCACACAUAGAAUUCAUGGCUGUAAGUCAUUCAGGUUUCAUAAAAUUUUUGGAGAAGGCUCCAGCCAGGAUGAAAUAUUUGAAACUGUAGCUAAGCCACUAAUCAAGAGCGCAUUGGAAGGUUACAAUUGCACUAUCUUCGCUUACGGUCAGACAGGAAGCGGAAAAACUUAUACAAUUACUGGAUCUCCAAAUAAAUAUGCGGAUAGAGGUAUAAUACCAAGGAGUAUCCAAUACAUAUUUAAACGAAGCGAAAAGAUGUCACCAAAACCUCUUGUUCAUAUAAGCUAUAUGGAAAUUUACAAUGAGAUUGGCUAUGAUCUUCUACAUCCUAGACAGAUCAACGCAGCUAACAGUUUAGAUGAACUGCCGAGAAUUAUAAUAAUGGAGGACAGAAGAGGGGAAUCUCAUAUACGAAAUCUGAGUGUUAUCGCAGUUGCUACUGAAGAAGAAGCCAUGAAGUUAUUAUUUUUGGGAGAUACAAAUAGGACAAUAGCAGAAACCUCAAUGAAUGAGUGUUCUUCCCGAUCUCACUGCAUAUUUACAAUUCAUAUCACACAAGGACAUGGUUCUACAGAAUGCUUGAGAUAUUCAAAACUACGAAUUGUUGACUUAGCUGGAUCUGAACGUGUGAGCAAGUCUCUAACAACAGGAAGAGCUUUGGCUGAGGCUAAGCAUAUCAAUUUGUCCUUGCAUUAUUUGCAACAGGUUAUUGUUGCACUUUCUGAACAUCGAAGAUCUCAUAUUCCAUACAGAAAUAGCACCAUAACUUAUUUGCUCAAAGAUUCUCUGAAUGGCAAUUGUUUGUCCACCAUGAUAGCUAAUCUUGCUGUUUCGAAAAAAAAUAUUGAUGAAACCAUCAGUACAUGUAAAUACGCAUACAGGGUGUCUCUUCUCAAAACGGACGCUAUCAUUAACGAAAUUAGUGAUCCCCAACAAGAGAUCAUAUGUUUAAGAAGAAGAAUCGCACAACUAGAAGACCAACUACGUGCUUCUAACGUGCAAGAAAAUAGUUCUCUGAGCUCUAGUGAUAAAGAAAUUUGUAGUUUGCAAGUAGAGAAGUUUUUGAAAGAUGGUAAUAUUGAGGUAGGAAACAAUAUUUUGAAGAUAAAGUACUGCUUUGAUAUUCUUCGAAACAAGAUUACAUUGGAAAAGGAGCACGACAAAGAUGGAAUUAAUUUUAAAAUACUAGAACUGCAAAAUACUUUGGCGAAAAAAGAUGACGAAAUUGCUUCGUUGAAGAAAAUCAUUGAUAACAUUCCAGAACAGCCUGUAAAUCCAAAUCGUCUUAGGAGAGGGAAUAACGACAAUCCUCUGGAUAUCAAGGUCGAAAAAACUGCCAACAAUUUUAUCGAUGUUCCAAAUAUACAAAAUUUUAAUUAUUGCGAUGAAAAACUUAUGGACAAGAAUAUUUUGAGUUAUGGAAUAGAAAAUAUCAAGGACCUAGAUAUGAAAUUAUUCAGACAGUUUAUAUCCUGUUCAGACCAAUCUACAGAUAUAGAUUACUGCAAAAAUGCAUUAGAAAGCAAACUACAAAUGGCUAAAGUAUGCUCUGAUGCAAUAAGCCAAUGUCAAACUAACAUUUUGUACAUAAGAGCAAAACUGGAGAGAUGCUGUAGUACCGAGAAACCAUAUUUGAUCAAAGAAUUGGAAGACCAACAGAAUAUUUACAAAAGUAUGCUCCAGAAUUUGAGAGACAUAAAGAAUGAGACAAACUACCUUCACGCUAACUUAGAACAAAAAGAAGCCAAAGUUAUACAACAAUAUCGUUUGUGGUUAAACAAAUAUUUUCAAAAAACAAAUCCCCAGAAGAAGUCAAUUCACACUGGUCAAGAGAACCUUUACGAGAUGAAGACCGACCAACAGUGUGGCUGUUAUGGAAAAUCAAACAUGAUGACUGAUAAAUUUACUCAUAUGAAAGAGUAUUUUUGUCCGGAAAAAAGUUACAUGUCACCAUAUGUGGAAGUUUGUCGCCCAAAAAAGCCUAACGAUAAUUUCAAGCCGAAUGUGAUAGAUUCUAUCAGCAGUAGCUUUUCCACCAAUUUAAGUCCUCCGGAAGAUGUCAGCCGUGGAUUAUGUUAUAUAGGAGAUGACCAUGAGACCAGUAAAAUAGGAUGUAACUGUUCACAAACAAAAUAUGAAGCAUCACCUACAAAAAAAGGUAAAAUGCACCAUAUAUAUGUUCAACCUACUGUCUGUGAAGAUUAUAUUUGUAAUCAUGUUUGUGGAGAAGAACAGCAGUGUUGUAAAAUCUGUACCUCUUAUCGUAUGCGAGAGAAUGAACACCUAGCAUGUCAGACAGGCUGUAGCUGUCCAUAUAGGGGUGAUGAGCAUAGAGGGAGAUUCAACACAAAGGAUAGUAUACAACAUGCUUCUCUCUGUAAUGAAGCUCAUUCGAUGUAUGUGUGUGUGGAAGAACAACAAAAGCGUAAGACGGACAGCCUACAUCAUGUACAGGAUGAACUUCGUACCCGCAAAAUAGGAUGUGAGUGUCCACAAACAAAUUAUGAGCAUUGUGCACGAUCAAAUAGAGAGGCUAGUAAUGAGUAUGUUUGUGAGGAGCCCACCAUCUGUGAAGAGAUACCUUCAAAGAAUGUUUGUGAAGGAGAACAACCAAAUUGUAGCAAAAGUACUACUUGCAGGUGUGAUGAAGCAGAAUGUCCUGACACAGCCGCAGUAACUUCCGGAAAAGGUACUGAAGCAAAUGGUGAACAUGAACAGUAUUUCGAAGAGAAUGACUCAAACGCUUUUAAAGAGUUCAUGAAAACAGUGACGUUGACAGGAGAACCAGCUGUCGACGAAUGCAUCUUCAGCUUUUAUCGCAGCAAGUUUUCUUCAUAACAAUAAGCGUUGAUGAAAAUCAACAAAUAAACCUUCUUUGUUUGUUAUUCUUUACUUUUUUAAUUUGGCCGAUUAUGAAAUUUCGGUGAAGCAAAACACAUAUGACUAGUUUCACAAUUUCCUUUAAUGAUAC